AUGCCACCCCCCUCCGAAUAUCACCAAAUAUCAACCUCCCCCUCACGCGCCCGCUCGCGAUCCCCAACAAGACGAUCUCACGAACAUUGCAAGCACCAUCGCCGCGAUGACUACGAUCGUGAUCGCGAGGGUGAGCGCGAGCGCCGCCACAGACAUGGACACCCACACUCUUAUUCCCACUCCUAUCGCCGCGACCGCGACCGCGACCGACGCACCGAACGCGAGCCUCAACCCGAAAGAAGAGUCGCAAUAAUAACCCUCCCCUUCAAAGCGCGCGAACUGAGAAAACGAGACCUAGAGAUCUACGAGCCAAUGUUUGCGAUGUACCUCGAUAUCCAGAAGGGGAAGUUACUCGAGGACAUGGCGGAGGAUGAGCUGAAGGGGCGGUGGAAGAGUUUUGUGGGGAAAUGGAACCGUGGAGAAUUGGCGGAGGGGUGGUAUGACCCUGCUACUCUGGAGAAGGCACGAAGUGCUAUCGCAAUUGCGCCGGGGCCGGAAGAUUCGUACAAGAGCGCGGGAGGGGAAAGGCAACAGGGAACUGUACCUAGCGCUGAUACUGGCGAAAGCGAUGAAAAGGAAGAUGAUGAUGACGAUGACGAUGAGUACGGCCCCAUGCCCCAGUACGGUCCAAGUCGUGGACGUGCGCCUGGCCCAGCAAUACCAACCAUGCAAGAUCUAGAAUUGCGGAAAGAAACCGCCAUAGAAGACGCUAUGGCAGACCGAUAUGACGCGCGUCAACAGCACCGUGCCGAAAUUCGCUCACACAGGUCGACGGUCCGCCAUAUGGAAGACGAAGUUGCGCCGCGCGCCGAGCCAGGCACACACGAGCGCCGCAUGGAGAAGCGGCGAGAGGCUGCAACGUCUAAUCGGGCGUUUGCAGAGUCGCGCCGCGGUGGCUCGCCUACAGAGGGUGCGCCGGAUGACGAGCUCAUGGGCUCUGGCGAGAAUGAUCUUGCUGCUAUCAAAUCUGCUAGGGAGAGGGAGCAGCGUAAGAAGAAUGAGCGAGAGCUUCGCAGAGAGGAAAUCUUGCGGGCAAAAACGGCGGAGCGGGAGGAGAGAGUUAGGCAAUAUCGGGAGAAGGAGGAAGAGACAAUCGGGUGGUUGAAGACAUUGGCAAAGCAGAGGUUUGGCUAG